ACCGCUCCGGCCUCUCUCCCACUUCCCUCCCUCCCCAACCUCCCUCCCUCCUCUGGACGACCAAGCCAGGGAGGACAACCGAUCCAGGGAGGAGCAUCCAGCCAAGGACACCGGAGCACGGCAGUUCGGCAAACAAGACCUUCUCUCUUCCUCCGCAUCCCGCAGCGAGGCAUGGUGGAGAAGACCAGAACCAUGGCGCGCAAGCUAGAGAUCCCGCAGUGGAAGUCCGGCGCGUCCUCCGACGGGCUGCCGUCGCCGACGAGCCCGCUGGACCGCGCUUCGCCCCGAGGGUGGCGCCACCGCGAGGCCGUCGGAGGUGUCGGACUCGGGAUCCUAGCCGCGCUGGAGGCCCAGCCCUCCGCCUCCGCCGCCGCGGUGCCGAAGGUGUCCGCCCCCGUCUCCAUCGCGCGCCGCGCGCGGCUGGAGGUGUCGGAGCUCGGGUGCAGCGGGCGGUGCGCCACCAGCCUGUGCGGCGGCGGCGCGCAGGCGCAGAAGGCCUCGACGUCAGAUGGCCGGCCGGGCUCGCCGGGUGCCGCGUUCCGCGUGGCGGAGUUCCUGUCGUGCUGCGACAUGUGCCGACGGGCGCUGGACGGGAAGGACAUCUUCAUGUACCGCGGCGAGCGCGCCUUCUGCAGCAUGGAGUGCCGGUACCACGCCAUCGUGAGCGACGAGUUCCAGGAGGAGAAGGAGCGGAAGCGCCGCGCGGCCGCCGCCGUGUCCCCGGCCGCCGCCGACGGUCUACCGAGGAAGGCGGCCGCCGACAUGGCCGGGUCGCCGUGCAGCGGCGGCGGCGGGCAGAUCUUCUUCACCACCGGCAUCGUCGCCGCCUGACGGGCGGCAGAUCUUUUCUUCUAUCUAGUGACCAAAACAAGGCAGCUAGAGAAGGAACCGGCGGCGGCUGUAACAUAAAAAGACAAGAAGAAAAAUAAAACAAAAAAGAGAACGAAGAGAAAAUAAGGGUGCGUGCGUGUCUGUGUAGAGAGGGGGGUGGGGAAUUUUUGCUGUUUCUCUUUCUUUGCGAGGAGGAGGAAGCACGGGGGUUUUGAUAUUAUUUGGAUCUUGAUUUUUUUGUAUUAUUAGUAGUAAAACUCUUAUGAUCAUGCGGCGAUGGGCGAGAUGUUUUCGUAGCAGCGGGAUGGAAGGGAAGGGAUGAUGACAAGUUUUCCAAGGAUUGUUGCUUCCCUUUUGUUUCCCCACUGUCAAAAGGAAUAAACAUCUUGUGUCCUCCUCAGUUCAAUCCAUUCCAUGGCGUUCGGAAA